UUUUUUUUCUUUUUUUUUCUUCUUUUUUUUUUUUUUGGAUAACCAAUCCCCUUUCCCUUUAUAAAUAAUGCCUCUUAACAAAAGACAUGCUGAUGGGAUUGAUAUCCCAAAUGGCGAAGGUGUUAGUAGCUUUGAUGAUACUCCAUAUUUUGAUUAUCAUCAUAUGAAAGCUAUAGAAAAUCAUGAUAGCAAAUACCUUAGUCAAGGUCUUUCUGUAUCACCAGCAGCACAACAUCUUCUAGAUUCACACUUGAAUGAUGAUAAGGAUAUAGAUUCAACUAAAAUAUCCAAAAAGACUAAAGAGUUUGUUCCACAUACUGCUGAUCCAAAAGCUAAUUUUGAAGCUAAAGAUGAUGCUGUUACAGCUGAACUUUGUGAACUAUAUAAAGCUCUUCAAAAAUGCCUCGAUUUGCGUGAAAAAUACAUUAAGCUUUCAAGCCAAAAAUUAAUGGAUGAUCCUCGUAAUCAUGAUGACUGGGAGAUUUACCCACCUCCUCCACCCAAAUCUUGGCCAUUACCUCCACCUGAAGAACUUGAACGUCGUAAAGCUAAGGAGCGAGCAAGAGAGGCAGAUCCUGUGGCUGCUGUAGGAUCUGAUUUUGAUUUUAAUCAAUGUAAAAUUCCAGGACCUCAUGUAUAUCGUUACAGUGUUGGACCUCAUGGAUUUUAUCAAGUUUAUAAGAAUGAAUUAGAUCAGACCGCCUCUCAUCCUGUACACCCACUUCCAUCACCCGAAGAAUUUUAUGAAGACAUGGAUUAUAUUUUAAGCGUGAUUAGUGAUGGACCUGCUAAAAGUUUUGCAUUUCGUCGUCUUCGUUAUUUGGAUAGUAAGUGGCAAAUGUAUAUCUUAUUGAAUGAAUUUCAAGAAUUAGCAGACUCGAAGCGUGUACCUCAUCGUGACUUUUAUAAUGUGAGAAAAGUCGAUACUCACGUACAUCAUUCGAGCAGCAUGAAUCAGAAACACUUGCUACGUUUUAUUAAAUCAAAAAUGAAAAAAUGUCCCGAUGAUGUCGUUAUCUAUCGUGAUUCCCAAUACUUGACUUUACGAGGUGUAUUUGAAAGUUUGGGAUUAACCGCCUAUGACCUCAGCAUCGAUACUUUAGAUAUGCAUGCUCAUAAGGAUUCCUUUCAUAGAUUUGAUAAAUUCAAUUUGAAAUAUAAUCCAAUUGGUGAAAGUAGAUUGAGAGAGAUCUUCAUGAAGACAGACAAUUAUAUCCAGGGUCGAUACCUUGCUGAGAUUACAAAGGAGGUUGUGUCUGAUCUUGAAUCUUCAAAGUAUCAAAUGGUUGAAUAUCGUGUUUCAAUCUAUGGUAGAUCCAUUGAUGAAUGGGAUAAGCUUGCUAAAUGGGUCAUCAACAACAAGCUCUUUUCUUCAAAUGUCCGUUGGCUAGUUCAGAUCCCUCGUCUCUAUAAUGUCUAUAAGGGAUCCAACACGAUUCAAAAUUUCCAAGACUUGAUUACAAACAUAUUUGAACCUCUCUUUGAUGUAACGCAAGAUCCUACACGUCAUCCUGAACUUCAUGUCUUCCUUCAACGUGUUAUUGGCUUUGAUACCGUUGAUGAUGAAUCAAAACCUGAAAAGCCUCUCUUCCAUGACUAUCCACUUCCUAAGGAUUGGACCUCAAAUGUGAAUCCACCUUAUAGUUAUUAUUUAUAUUACAUGUAUGUUAAUAUGGCAUCAUUGAACAAUUGGAGAAAGUUACGUGGAUUUACCACAUUUGUCUUGAGGCCUCAUUGUGGUGAAGCUGGCAGUACAGAUCAUUUGACUGCAGCAUUUUUGACAUCUCAUGGUAUCAGCCAUGGUAUCUUGCUUCGUAAGGUCCCCGCCUUACAAUAUCUUUAUUACCUUUCUCAAAUAGGUAUCGCCAUGUCCCCCCUUUCUAAUAACGCACUUUUCUUAACAUAUGAGCGUAACCCACUUCCUCAAUUCUUCCAACGUGGUCUUAAUAUCUCAUUAUCUACGGAUGAUCCUUUACAAUUUCAUUUUACUAAGGAACCCCUCAUUGAAGAGUACAGUGUAGCUGCUCAAAUCUGGAAGUUGUCCUCUACAGACAUGUGUGAGCUAGCACGUAAUUCUGUCAUUCAAUCAGGUUGGGAAAAUCAAAUCAAACGUCAUUGGAUAGGUAAAAACUGGUAUCGUCCUGGUGUAGAAGGGAAUGAUAUGCAAAAGACAAAUGUACCUAAUAUCCGUAUUCAGUUCCGUUAUGAGACAUUACAAGAAGAAUUAGAUGCUCUUCGUCGAUAUGCUUCACCCAAUAGGUUGGGUGCUGAACCUGUUAGUAAACAAGAUUAUGUAGGUGUAGCAGGUAUUGUAGAGAAGAACCCUGUCGUUCAUCAACAUUUAAUGACGACGAAUCAUGAUGAAGGCUUUGAACCUACAAAGGAUGAAGCCUGGUUAGAAAAUCAUAUGGGAUCAUUCCCUGGCGCAGGCCUUGUUGCUGAGCGUGCUAAACUUAGAUCUAAUCAUUAAAAAAAAAAAAAUACGAAAAAUUGAUAAUACUUUUAUUCAAUCAUAUAUUUUCAUCUUAUUUUUUCUUAUUAGAAGAGAAUAAGCAAGCUAUACAUAAAUAAAUAAAAUAAUAUGGGAAAUUAAAU